AUGGCUGUCUUUGAUGCAACUUUGAGAAGAAUCACAAAUGAUUCUUCUCAAAGUUGCUCAGUGAACAACAAACACUUGUUAUUGUUUUGUAUACAAGUGAAUGUUGUACACAGGGACAAGCAUUGUCUAUCAAUGGCUGUCUUUGAUGCAACUUUGAGAAGAAUCACAAAUGAUUCUUCUCAAAGUUGCUCAGUGAACAACAAACACUUGUUAUUGUUUUGUAUACAAGUGAAUGUUGUACACAAGGACAAGCAUUGUCUAUCAAUGGCUGUCUUUGAUGCAACUUUGAGAAGAAUCACAAAUGAUUCUUCUCAAAGUUGCUCAGUGAACAACAAACACGUGUAUAUACAUAAAUAA